GUUCGGAUUUGGUUUAUGUCAACAAAACAAAGCACGCACAAACUCCAGUCUGGGCUAAAGCGACGUGGAUCAGUGACAAAUUGGCUUCAAAACGCGAUAGCGGAGCAGUCCCGCGUUCAUCUAACAUCCCGUUUAUUUUUCUAACUUUAUUCGCUUCUAUUUGAGCCCAGAAUGUCACUUUACAGACUUGUCACGACUCUGGCUCUUUCCGUAUGUUGCUGGAUGCUGGUGUUUGCGGCCGAGGAUACUGCUCCGAAACUCGUGUCCAUCUCCACCGCGACCGUGAAGCCGGCCGGGAACAGCAGCAGCCCCGCGACCAAUUCCACGGACAGUGGCGGGAGACGGAGAGGCGUCCUGGGCAGCUUCAGCGUGGACAGCUCCAUGAUCCAGCGGGCCCUGUACGUACUGAUCGGGAUCACGCUCACUGGGCUGCUCUACUUCCUCAUCAGAGCCGUUAGACUGAAGAAGCCAGCUCCUAAGAAGAAGUACGGUCUGCUCUCCAACUAUGACGACUCACUGGAGAUGGAGGGAGUGGAGAGUGAGGAGGACGACACGCUGUAUGAAGCCCGCAGCCUGCGCAGAUGAAUGUCCUGCUUCUCGAUUGGACAAGCCACUGUUCCAGGGUCAGCUGACUUGCUUUUGGACCAAUGGGAGCGCAGGGAGGAGCAAACGGCUGAUAAAAUUCCAAAGUGUGUCUUAAACAGUUUACAGUGGACAGACCGCGGACUGUGUAACUUUUCUAUUGAUUCCUUUGUUUUGUCUUGAUCUAUUUUCACUUUGUGCUAAAACUACUUAAACAGACUCCAGAUUAACAGUGCACUUCAGCAGUAGAGCAACAACAUGGACCUUAUCUGGGCAGAAAUAAACUGUACGAUUUCCAGUGUUUCUUUAAAGGGCCCAUAUUGCACCUUUUUCCGGACUAUGUUAUAAUGUUGUUUCCUCAUCGAAAACAGACCUGGAGCUGUGUUUUGAUUCAUUCACACUCAUUUACACGACAUCACAAGAGGGUGUGUUAGUGCUCCACUGUGUUUUAAACUCCAUACACCUUCACUAGAAUCAUUGGCAUUUCCAGGGCUGUAAUUAUCCAAAUCUCUACAGAACAAAACGUAAAAUGUAGCUGUUGAAAACUACCUUUUGAUGACCUUACAAGGUGGAGCAGAAUAAUUUGACCUUUAGAGAUGUAGAAAGACUAAUAAUAAAAGGUUAUUCAAACACAACUCCAGGUCUGUUUUUGAGGAGAUAACAGGAUGUAUGUACCAUGGCUUAAAAGAGUUAAGCCAGAACCUUUGAAUAAAUGCAAGGUGGAUUAGAAAAGAUAGAGUGCAACUUUAGUUAGAGAUAUUUUUAUACUUUGAAAAGUGACUGAGUGGUUUUGCCUCUCCUUAUGACCUGUAACUUGGGCUGGUUGCAUCACCUCCAUGUCUCCAGCUUAAUACCAUAUUGUGGAACAUUCUAAGGAAAGCAAUAACAUGGCUAAAUGUUUAUGAAAAACUUCAGAACUAAUGCAGUGUGAUUUGAAAUGUUAAAAACUACUAAACUACUACUACUACUACUAAUACUACUAUGUUAUCAAUUUUUAACGGUUUGCAGCAGCCCAAAGUUGUUCCUCACUUGAUUGACACACUGAGCGGUGUCUCUGAAAAGCGUUCAUGUUGUUUUUUCUAAAGAUCAACUUUGACGUGACAGGCCGCGUGUGCACGUUUCUGUCUUGUUUUGUGCAUACAGAGGCUUUAUAAAUGAGGCCCAGGAGCAGUUUUUCCCUUCACAGUAAUACUAACAACGACUAGCAUGCUAACGGUGUACUUCUUGAUUCUCAGAGGAUAGAAACGGUUUAUAAUUAGAUGCAGACAGGACACAGUGGAUUUGAAAUUUUGCUCAAAUACAUCGAAAAAACAGAUAGAGCCACUUUAAAUUAGUUAGGACCAAAAUCUUGAAACCAAAAUGAAAAUUCAUUUUAAAAAAUCUAUUGCUCUGCUGCUCUGAAAGUGGUAUGAUCUGGGAGUCUUGUGUUUUCCUGUUUAUAAUAAAUGGAACUAUUUUUGACAAUAUUUUUUGAAUUGGUCCAAUUUUUGAUGGACAAUUUCUGACCAAAUGGUUAAAAGAAAGUAUUUAAUUUAUAUAAAAAUGAAAGACUUUGAUAUGACAAAUAUGAUGGAUGCGUGUUUAUUUUGUGCCAAUAUAUAAUACAGCACAGUUACCAUUGACAGGAGCUAUAUUACAUUUCAAGCUUAAAUGGCCAAUUUUUUUGACAUUUUAAAGGUUCAUGUUAAAGGAGACAUAUAAUAAGCAUUUUUGAAUUUGUGCGCCAUGUUAAAAUGUUGUUUCCUCUUAAAUUUAUGCCUGAAGUUAUGUUUUGUUUUGUUUGUUAAAGUGGACCUAUUGUGGUUGUGUCCACUGUAUAGGUAUAAUCUAAAACACCAGUGGAUAAUUGUUUUAAAUUACAUUUUAAAUCGCAAUAUUCAUCUAAAACGACUUAAUAAACAAAACAAAUCCGCUGAUUUCCGCAUUAGAAAACUGUACUUCUCAAACAUUUAAAGUCGAUAAGUACAGAGCAGUGGCCGUGUACUAGUGGUGGUGAAAAUGGCGUCUUGAAAAGAAAUAAUUAAAGAUCACUGAAACAUGCACGAAUCACUCCAAAUACAAGUGAGAAGGGGAAACAACUAUAACAUGGUUAAAAGCUGAAAAGUCAAGCCUUUUUUUUGUUUUUUUUAAAGGCACUGUACCUUAUUUUGACUGUUAAAUAUGUGAAAAACAAAAUCAGUUCAUUUUUGCAGUGGUCCAAGGUUAUUCCUCACUUACCUUCUGAGCAUCUUGAUUAUUCACCAAGACACAUUUUGUACAAAUUCAUAGAAUAAAAUCGGGUACAGGUCCUUUUAAUCAUUAGUAAUUAAAGACUACGGCUUCACUAUAAAGCUUUGAUCUGCAUGUCUUUUGCUAAUUUUCCCCACUGUCACCAGCAGAAGGCGUAGACCCUAAUCCAACUAUUAACAGGACAGUGAUUAGCAAUAAUUUGAGUGUAUUGACUUUUCCCAUACGUUCAAAAUGAUAACCAAAAGUGAUCAUUAUAUGUCUCCUUGAAUAAUGAAUCUGAUUUGACCAAUAGGAAAAGAGUAUCGCCUGAGUGGGCGGGCUUACAGUGUUUCUUGUUUUUAAACCACAUUUGUUUAUUAAAAUGAAAGUGUCAAAUGUUUGUGAAAUAUAAUGACAUCUUUGUAAAUGUUCAGUUUUCUUAUUCAAUACUUUUCCUUUCCAGAUUGCCUCUUUUUUGGUGUCAAGUGUCAAACCAGCCAAAUGUGUUCAACGCAAUAAAAUGAAUGUUGUUUUUAAA